GAGCAAGAAUUAAUCCGGCACGUGCACGUCCCAAAAAGCUUCUCGACUGCCACGUCCUCCUUCCUCUCCCUCUAUGCUGGCCACGCGUCCGCCUGACGUGUACCCUCACCUUCUUCAACCCACCACCGUACAAAGCACCCUCUUCCUUCCCAUCAACGCUCACGAAUUCUAUCAAACACCUUGCCUGCAGAAGUCACAUUAACUGCAUUCCUUGCCAUAUUCCCCUGCCUCUGUUUCUCAGAAGAUGUCGGGCCUCUCGCUUGCCGUAGCACCGCGCUCUGUCCCAGCCGCACCACCACCAACCUCCUCGGACGCAGUAAAGACCCAGAGCAUGAUGGGCGGGGUGAUGGGAUCUCUCCGAGUAAUCGAGCUACAGCUGGUCGCCUUCAUACUGGUCUUCUCCGCAAGCGGUCUCGUUCCAUUAUUAGACAUCAUCUUCCCCGCCUUCGCCACAAUCUACGCUCUACUCAUUUCUCGGUUCGCAUUUCCCUCCUCUAAACAUGCUUCCAGCGAGCAGCGCCAGAUCUUCCACGGAUCGCGAAUGUUCCAAGUCUAUGUAGUCAUAGGGACGACGCUGGGACUUUUCCUGCCGCUUGCGUACGUUCUCGGUGGAUUCGCUCGUGGCGACGAUCAUGCGGUGAGAUCUGCAACACCGCAUCUCUUCCUUCUUUCCUGUCAGAUCUUAACGGAGAAUGUUAUUAGCGGAUUGUCGCUCUUUUCGCCGCCGGUGAGAGCGAUCUUGCCGAUUCUAUAUACUGUGCGGAGGAUCUUUGUGAUUGUGGAUUGGAACCAUGAUGUGUGGCUGAACAAGACAGUUCCGGCGGUGGCUCCGAUGAAGGAUUUAGCGUGGCUUUGGUUUGGGAGGGGAUUGGCUUUGGUUAACUUGGUCUAUUUUGCAGUCAAUCUGUUUGUGUUUUUAAUUCCGCGAUUUUUACCGAGGGCGUUCGAGAGGUAUUUUAAGGAGAGGGAUGAGAUUCAAGAGAAGAAGGCGGACGACGAGCCGGCGGGCGACGGCGAGAUUCCGGCGAAUGGCAAAGAAGAGAAAAUUAAGAAGGAUGAUUGAGUGAGGGGCGGUUGUUUUAGAUUUAAUUUGUCUUUUACUUUCGGCGUGUCUGUGUAGAGAAACUGAUUGCCUUUAGAGUUCGUAGUUGUUGAAUUAUGGAUAUGGUUUUUUACUUAUUUUAUGUAUGCACAGAAAGAUGAUUCAGUCAUUAAGAAUAAAUAAUGGUUUGGAUA